AUGGAUCUGUGGAAAAAGUUUUUCUUCUUUUUAUUCAGAGAUGAGUUCAUCCAAAGAGUUUGUUGCCAGUGCAGCAGAUGUGUAAGAUCAAGAGAAGAAGAAGAUGAUGAUGAUGAUGAUGAUUUCCUAGCUUCCCUUGUAAAGGAGCAGGAUGAAGACUUCACAGAAGAAGAAAUGGCUCAGUUCACAAGUUUUGCAAACCUCAAAGAGCAAAGAGAGGCCAAUAAAAAGAAGUUCUGUGAUCAGAGAAACCUGUCAAAUGGAAAAAUUAAACAAAAAGGAGUGAAAGGAAAUCAGCCAAAGUUAAAGAAUAACAAACAACUUAAAGCAGAACAAUGGAAACGAGAAAAGGAAAUAUCUGAAAUAGCAGUCCAAACUAAAGGUGUAAAUCAAACUCUACAGCAAAAGCAUAAGGCUUUUUCUAGAGAUUCUAAAGCAAAGACACCUAUGCAGCAUAGAAGUUUUGAUCAUCUUGGCAAUGUUUACUUUGGUCAAGAGAAAAAUGUGAAAGAACGCAGUGAUGGUGCUUGUAACAAGAGGAAUGCAAGGAAAAAGAAGAACAGGAAGAAAUCGUCAUCAAGACAUCAAGAUGACAAAGAAACAAGCUCCAAAUCCACAACAACUGUUCCUGAGCAGAAAUUUGUUCCAAACGUUUUCAGAAAUGUCACAAUCAAACCAGAAACAACGCGGAGACAAGAUGAACUUACGGGGAGGUUACCAUGUUACACAAGUCAGAGAAGUGUUUCAGUCAAGCAAACUGGAAGAGUAUGGUAUGAGUAUCCAAAAUUCGGCCCCGCCCCAUCCAGACCAAGUUCUGUUACGAACGUGUGGCAGAAAAGACAAGAGAAACAGAUGCUGCUGGCGGAGCUACAGCCUUCUGAUCAAAAUGAUGAAGAAUUACAGCUACAAAUGGCCUUGGAACUGAGCAAGAAACAAGCAGAAAUUGACGAGCAACAAAGAGAGAUCACCUUACUGGAGAGACAGAUGGAGGAAACACUCCAGUUGGAGAAAAAACUUAAAUGUCAAUCCAGCAAGGUAAAGAUUCAAGCCAAACAAGCCACUGUUAUGGGUCAUGACAGUUUUCCACCGCUAGUGGGACAUGUUGAUGAUGAGUGGGUGCUACCUUCGAGCGGUGAGAAUAAGGGCGAAGGAAACGAACAAGAAAAAAAAGACUCCAGAAAAUUUGCUCGCAACAAGGGCGAUGAUGACAAUGAUAGUAGUACUGAGACCUUAGAACGGUGUCACAAGUCCAAACCUGAAUCCAAGAUGGAGCACUUAAGAAAAGGAAGCGUUGAGGCGAAUGGAGUAAAUGAUAGGACAAUGUUUUUAGGCAAGUCGCACUUUCAAUCGCCACAGCUUUGCCGAAGACACGAUUCUGAAACCAAUUCUUGUCCAUACGGGAAAAAUUGUUGCUUGGGUAAGCACUGCAAGUACUUACAUCCGUCAUCGAUUGACAACCGUAAAAGAUCAAAAUCAGGUGAAUUUAAUUUGGGCAGUCAAGAUCAGUGCGAUUCUAAGGUUAUUGACAGGGAUAACAGAUCAGAGCCAAGCUGCUUAACGGGAAAACAAAUGCAAUUAGUUGCGUCUUGUGAAGGGGUGGAUAGAGAAUCGGAACCCUGCUGUGGAUUACAGAACUAUGGAAAAUCAGAUGAUGUCUUCAUACAAUCUACUGGCUUUUAUACGACACAGAAAUCUCGCUAUGUUGGAGAGACGGACAAUCCUAACACCGCGUUGAGAGAGGAACAUAAUCAGUGCGACAUAGGUACCAGUGAAUUUGAGAGCAUAAACCAGUGUUCAAGAUUCGACAUUCCUGUCAGUAAGUCAAAGACAUUACUGAACAACAGGUUUUCAUUAUGUGAGGGGACAACUGAAAAUAACAGCAAUGCUGAUCAACCAGGUCUCUGGAACAAGAAAUACGCACCAACAGGGAAUCCUCAGAAAGAUGCCAAAUGUGGUUCAAUCUUGUUUAAAAAAUCCUCGUCAGGAGCAACAUCAAGUGCAGCCAUUACUGUUACAGCUCCAACUGUGUACGUUGUUGCAGAUUCUCAGUUUCCUUUUGGAGCACCUGCUGGUAAAGGCCUCCACCAAGCAGCUUUGGGGUUACGAUCUAAUGCCAAUCUUUCAAGUGAACAGAAACCACAGAAUUCACCGGGAGCCUUUAACCAGUCUUCGAGUUCGGUUAACAAUAGUGAAAGACAGAUUACAGCAGCCACAACAACAAAAGUAAUGACUCAAAGCCGGAAAGAAACCUCUGCGGGUCCUGGUCCUGGUCCUGGUCCUGGUCCUGGUCCUGGUCCUGGUCCUGGUCCUGGUCCUGGUCCUGGUCCUGGUCCUGGUCCUGGUCCUGGUCCUGGUCCUGGUCCUGGUAUUUCUUUACUUCAAACUGCGUCAGUGUCGUCUGAAAUUCUGCCAAGUCCACGCUGUAGUUCUAGUACUUCUCUGCAAACCCCAGCAGCCAUUCAGACUACGACUACUAAUAUUUUCCCGGUAUUUCCUGGUUUUCCGUUUCUUCCAUUUGCCAGUGUUUAUCCUUGUAUUAAUCCAGCAAAUGCUGCUGCUUCUGCAAGCCUGAUGGCGGGAUCGACAGACGAAAUAUCCUUUCCAGUGACAUCUGGAGAAUCUAGUCAGCAUGAAGGAUCUUUCGUCUCGAACCAAGUAAUACUACGAGCUCACCUAAAGGCUGGUCUCAGUGGUGGGUUGUCACCCUUAGGCCAGGUUCUUCCAACGCAGAAUGCCCCAUCAAUAAUGGCUGCGGAAGGAAGGAGUGAGUUAGUGCCAAACCUAGCGCAGCUCUCCGAACCGGGCGACCUUAGUGAGCUCCAGUCUCCAACCUCAAUGCUACUAAAGCCAUUUAAUGUCCCAUUUCCAUUAAUCAACCCUCUAUCAUUUGUUAACAUCAGCACAGGGAUGGCUUUAGGGACACCAUGCUCAGUGCUUAAGAAUGGCUGCCAAACUAGUUCUACCUCGGUGCUAACUGCCCCAUCUCAGGUGCAAGGUAAUGAUAAAACCAGAAAGCAGUCCAAAGUGGAGCAAAAAGGAACGGGUGUUAACACUCCCACGAAGGUGAAACGUGAUUUUGGAAAGGAAGAUGACGCUUCUGCUGGUUUUGGCGGGAAAACGAAGAUGCUUAGAAGACCUAUUACAAUUCCUAUGGUGAUGCAGCAGCAAGCAUCCAAGUAAAUUUAGAGAUUUUCAUACAUUUUUAGAAAUGGCAGUACUUCCUUGGUGAGCAACAGGUGACAAGGCCGCCAUACGAAGCUCGGAAAAUAGUAUCAAGACGAAUCAAUUUCCCAGUCAAAGACAGUUUGAUACAGCUGUUGUUUGAAUUUCGAAAAUGAUAUUAAGUGCAUGGUAAAAUACAUCGAUUGUAUAUUAAGUUUGAAUAUUUAUUGUUGAUAAAUAAUGUUGCAAUUCGUAUUGUCUCUCACGGGAAAAGGCUACUAUGUUAGAAAAUAGAGAUAUUUAUUGACGAACAUCUGAAAACUUAAAUCAGAACAACAGACCAGAAGUAAUAUUUGAUGGUUACCUUGAAAUGACGCUUCGACAGACGCUUGUACUCUCAGAAGGGAUAUCACAACUUUGCAAAUGUUUGGUUUGGUUUGGUUUGGUUUGGUUAGAUCUUUUAGUCGUUACAGUUGAAAAAGUUUUCGAUUUGACGUGGAAAAAGGCGUACGGAAUAAACUCAGAACACUCAAUCAGGAAACACUAACGGCAAGUUUACCCUCUGAUUCAUUUCACUUUUCCUCAAAUCUCGUGUAAGGAGAUUCUCCUCAUACACACCCCGAAAAACAAAAAAAAAUACCCCCUAAUCACCACGAAAGCACAUAUUUUUACCGCUUUUCAAAGUGGCGGGCGAGCCGACCUGUGCAUCUCCAAUCAACUGACAUAAAUCUUCUCGUGAGUGUUCCGUAUCUCAAAUUAUUUUGUAUUAACUUCUAAGGGAAGUUUUGGAAUUAUUUUGCCUCUAACUUAGGA